AUGCACAUGGCAGACACUUUUUUCACCUGUUCACACAUAUUCAAAUUGGCGUCGAUAGAGAUAAAAACAGUACUUGAUAAAAAAAUCACGGAAGAUAUUCUGGAUAAAAAAAUAAAUUCACUACAAGAUGGUCUUAGAAAGUCGUAUUCAGAUGCUGUGAAAGAUGUUGUUGGGAAGAAGGUUGAAACUGUAAAUAAUGAAGUGAUGAGUAUGAAUGAUGGAAUUAAGGCACUAAAAGAAGAGGAAAGUAACAACCUCGGUUUUAAUGAUAGCAAAAAAGAAGAUGAUGAAAGGAUUAUGCGCAUUCUCAGUGCAAUAACAGAUGAAAAAUUUGAUAUGUCAAAUGUUGUUAAACACUACAGAUCGGGCAAGAGAUCGGAUAAUGUCAGGCCGCUGUUGGUUAGACUGAAGUCAAAGGGAAUAGGUAUUGGCCACGAUAUGAAAAAAAAUUAA